AUGAAUCAACAGCGAACUGAACCAUUGGAUCAACUAGAUCAAUUCAACCAAUUGAAAGAGAAAAUGAAUAGCUUUAUGAAGAAUAUCCAUGAAAUCAUGAAUGCAAAGAGUGUCGACAUGAUAACCACAGUUGAAAACUUCAAGACAGAAAUGAAAGAAUUGAACCAUGAACAGAAAACUUUAUUGACCAGGUUAAACAAAUUACGAAAAGAGGAAGAAGGUUUAGAGAUUGAGAUUCAAACUUUCAAGACCGAUACAGAUGAGGCAAGGACCAAAUUCCAAACGUAUCAAAUAAGAAGGGUUCAAUUACAAUCUCAGAGAGACUCGAUUUUGAAAGAAUCUAAAGAAUUGGAGACUAUGUUACAUGAAAAGGAACUUAGAAUCAAAGAAUACAAAGACAAAUUACAAAGACAGCGUCAACGCGAUAACCCAGAAGUUAAGCUUUAUGAAGCAUUACUGGGGAUGGAGAUAGAUGCGUCUCAAAACGGCACUCUGACGUUCAGGUUCACCCGUUUUGAUGAUAGAGACUUGGAUAAGAGUUGUCAAUUGACAUUAGAUGUGGCAGGAGAGGAAUUUAAGAUUUUACAUAGUAACCCUGAAUUAGAUGCUGAUACCGACAAGCAAGAAUUAGAGACGUUAUUAAACUCUAGUAAUAAUUUACCGCUAUUUUUAGUGGCCAUCAGAGACAAACUGUUGUCAGUAUCUGCUGCUUAA